AUGAAUGAAGGUGCUCCGCUGGUGUACGGUAGCUGUGGCUACGAGGGUGGAGUGUACAUGGUGGCCGGUCAGAUAGACCGUAGUCGCUACCCUGUGGAGCCUCUGGGCGUGGGGCGUUCAGGCCACGGCACUCCUCGGCGCUGGCCACGCAAGGAGCGCUCACUCAAACCAGAGAAUACUGCAUUCUCAUAUGACUCGGAUGAUUCCAGCCAGUCUAGCAGUGCCUCCGGAUCAAAUAAAUCAAGUGAAAAAGGUGAGGCGCCCGUCCGUGGCGAGGGUCGUGAGUGGCGCGGCCGGGGUCGCCGGGAGCCCCGCCAGCGUCGUAUAGCGCCCGAGAGGUACCUGGCCGCCUCAUACCCCUUCCAGGUGAAGUUCACACCUGACAACCUCCUCAACGGUUCUGAGUGGGACACUCUGUCCCAGGAGAUGUGGGACAAGUUCGUGAAGUCUCAGCAGACGGAGGAGACGUUCAGGAAGAAGAUGAACCUGUGGCGCUACCUGUACAUCAGCAUCAAGUCGAUGUUCCCUCGCUACGGGCUGUACGUGGUGGGCUCCACCAUGUCGGGCUUCGGGCUGGACUCGUCCGACAUGGACCUGUGUCUGCACGUGCGGCCGCUGCACGACCUGGAGCCCCGCGCGCACGCGCUGCUGCACCUCAACUACAUACUGGGACACAUACGGAGCUUCGACCCCGGCGCGGAAUUAAUCCAGGCGAAGGUCCCCAUACUGAAGUUCCGCGACGAGAGGAACGGACUGCAGGUGGACCUGAACUGUAACAACGUGGUCGGCAUCAGGAACACUAACCUACUGUACUGUUACUCUAGGAUGGACUGGCGCGUGCGACCUCUAGUGGCUAUAACGAAGCUGUGGGCGCGCGCACACAGGAUCAACGACGCGCGGAGACGCACGCUGUCCUCGUACGCGCUCACACUCAUGGUCAUACACUUCCUACAGUGCGGCACGAGUCCGGCGGUGUUGUGUCGCGCGGGCGAGGCUCGAUCGCGAGCACAGAACAGGUGCUCGCUGGGAGAGCUGUUUCUCAACCUGCUCAAGUACUACGCUGAGUUCCCGUACGAGCAGAUGGCGGUGUCUGUGCGCGCCGCCCGCCGCGUGCCCGUGUGGGAGUGUCGCGCGCGGGCCGCCGCCGCCCCGCCGCACCACUCGCCCGCACACUGGAAACUAUUAUGUGUAGAGGAGCCGUUCGACUUGACGAACACGGCGCGCUCGGUUUACGACCCGGAGACGUUCGAACAAAUCGUGAGCACCUUCAGGUCGAGCUACACGCGACUGGCGCGGGGACUGCGACUAAGAGACGCCUGGCCGCAGCGAUGA